GAGUAGCAGUUUGAGAGCCGUGAAUACAAAUUUGAAAAUCCUAGCGACACCCCUGCUCUUUAGCAAAUGUAGUUCGUGUACCGCCAGUCCUUUGCAAGCUACACCCCAGUAAAUAAAACGUUAGCCAAUUUUGUGCGGUCCGUUUUUCUGUAGAGUGUUGCUGUUACAAGUUAUUUUGUGAAAAAAUGCGAAAUUUGAGAUAAAAAAAAACAUUAAGGACAAAGGGCUCAAAUGACGCCGGAAACGUGGUUCACGAUGCCUCCGUGUUUUCUUAAAGCUGGUGAAACUGAAAGUACUAAGUAGUCCGACAACAAUGGCAGACAGGAAUCAGGCUGUACAUUAUCUCAUUUGCACAAUUUGUCAAGAGUUAUUUCAUUCUCCAGUAGCGACCCUGGAAUGCGGACAUAACUACUGUAAGUCGUGUAUCGACAGGGCAUGGCAGGAGGAGAACGUCCCCCGCUGCCCGGUGUGUAGACAGGAAUUUCCCUCCAAAAAGUAUGCUAUCAACACAGCACUGGGUAACCUGGCAAAAGGAGCUCGGGAGGCAGAGGCAAUCCCUAGAUGUGAGGAUCACGGCGAGAAACUGAGGUUAUUCUGCAAGGAAGACAACAUACCUGUGUGCGUGAUUUGCCGUGAUUCUCCAACACACGCCGGACAUAGCUUCCUACCUGUGGGGGAUGUUGCAAAAACGUUUAAGGGAAAGUUAGAAGAAGCUUCUGUGUCUUUGAAGUCAAAAUUAGAAAAACUUACAAAUCUACAGACCAUGCAAGUACAGAAGGUGCAGGGAGUCCAAUACAAGUCCGAAAGACUGCAGCAAUGCAUUGAAGCAGACUUUGCUGACUUGCGCAGUUUACUUCAGACCAUUGAAGGCCAACUGAUUGAACAGGUUAAAAAUGAAGAGAGAGACAUAUUAAGGGAGAUGGAUGAAAACUUAAGGCACAUUACAGAGAAUAUCGCCAGCAUCAAGAAGCAAAUGUUAGAUAUCGAAGCACACCUAAAACAAGAAGAUCCUUUAACUUUUCUACAGGCAAGAUUCCUUUGCAAAUUCUUGGCUUUUAUAAAAUCGUCUUUUGAGUCCAGAAAUGUAACUGUUUCACAGGCCAGACAUGCUUCCUGUCACCUAUUAGCAAGGCACCUUAUUUGACUUGAAAUUCUAAAUUAUGUGAUUGCGGAAUGGUUAGUCAAAGAUUCAUUUAGUACACUUGCUUUACUGAAAAAAGGUCUAUAGUAUUGUUUUUAAUUGUGUUAUAGCCACAUUGCUAACGUUUGACUGUAACGUAAUUAAUUGUGUUCUUUCUUACUGCGUGGCUUUGCAGGUAUAAAGUUAGUAUGUAUAACAUCUGGGGGUGUGGGUGCAAGAUCUGUUACGCAAGAGUACUUUAAAAAAAGAUGCGAUUUUUGAAAAAAAAUUUUUAGUGUAAAUUGAGUGAUGAUCAUAAAUGUAUUGUUUACACUUCAGUCAUUACUGCAGAUUAUUUAUUUAUUUAGUUAUUUAUUUUUUUUGUUUCCAUUUAUCUUUAGGAUGAUCACAAAUGUAAAUACAUUGUUAA